AGAAAUUCACAAAGAAAAAAAGGCAUUUACCCAGGAGGACAGUGCUGACUUGAAGUGCCAGCUGCAAUUUGCCAAAGAGGAAGCGUCGCUGAUGCGUAAGAAGAUGGCCAAACUGGGGAAGGAAAAGGAUGAACUGGAACAGGAGCUCCAGAAAUAUAAGUCCAUCUAUGGAGAUGUGGACAGUCCCCUCCCGACCGGAGAGGCCGGGGGCCCACCUAGCACCAGGGAGGCUGAGCUGAAGCUUCGCUUGAAGCUGGUGGAAGAGGAAGCCAACAUACUGGGCAGAAAAAUAGUGGAACUGGAGGUGGAGAACAGGGGGAUUAAGGCUGAGAUGGAGGACAUGAGGUGCCAGUAUGAAAAGGAGUGUCUUAGCCGGGACCACAUUUCAAGCAUUCCUACCUCGCCGUACGGCGACUCUGUGGAGUCGGCCACAGAGCUGCGCCGUCACUUGCAGUUCGUGGAGGAGGAGGCAGAACUGUUGAGGCGGUCGAUCUCCGAAGUCGAGGAUCAUAACAAGCAGCUCACAAACGAGCUGAGCAAGUUCAAGUUCGAGCCAGGCCAGGAGCCUGGCUGGCUGGAGGACACGGCUUCCAAGUGCGGCGGGCCCCUGCAAGAGGAGCUCAAAUCGGCCCGGCUGCAAAUCAACGAGCUGAGCGGGAAGGUGAUGAAGCUCCAGUAUGAGAACAGGGUCCUCAUGUCCAACGUGCAGCGCUACGACCUGGCCUCACACCUGGGCCUGCGCACCUCCAGCCCCAGGGACAGCGACGCCGACAGCGACGCGGGGAAGAAGGAAAGCGACAGCGAAGAGGGUCGCCCGCCUCAACCGAAGAGAGAGGGGCCCAUUGGGGGUGAAAGCGACUCGGAAGAAGUCUACGAGAAGACUUCGGGCUUUGGGAGCGGGAAGCCCUCUGAGGUGAGCGAGCUGUGCUCCGCCGAGCUCCUGAGAGUGAAGGAGGACACGGAGUCUUUAAUCAGCAUCAGGCGCGAGGCGGAGCGGCUCGAGAGGACGGUGGAGCGCCUUAUCACCGACACAGACAGCUUGAUCUACGAUGCCAAGGUGCAUGUAGCCAGCAGCCCCUCCACAGAGCAGGAUUUCAGAAGCGGAGAGGUAGAAAGAGGAGACGAAAGACGCGAACCAGAGCUCCUGGACACCGUCAAUUCCCGGAUGAAAGCUUUCCGCAAGGAGCUGCAGACCUUCUUGGAGAAGGUCGACCACAUCGGGGAGGGCCUUAAGGAGCAGAUGGAGGACCUGUCUCCUCUUCCCCACCUCACAGAGUCUUCCAGUUUCCUAUCCACAAUGACGUCCAUGUCCCGAGACUCUCCUAUCGGGAACCUGGGGAAGGAGCUGAUCACUGACUUCCAGUCCAAACUGAGAGAUCAGAUGGAGUGGCAGCUCAAACGAGAUCGUGGAGAGGAGCAAGAGAUUCACCACCAGCGAGCCACCACCGACCCACAUCGCAGAGCUGAUGGAGACAUUAAACGCUACAGGCCAGGAGACAAGGGCUGUUUCAGUCUAGAGAGUGUAUCGAUACAGGAGCUUCAGGCUCAACUUGAGCAGGAGACGAGACUUCACCGAGAGGAGCAAGAAAAGUUUACAGAAAGGAUCAUUCAGCUGGAGGAGGAGCAUAUGCAGACCCUGCGGAGGAAAGACUUGGAAGUGCAGAGCUUGACUUUGCAGAACAAGCUGGAAGAGAAGACCUGGAGCCAGGAGAAGAGCCUGCUGCACCAAGAGCUGAGGCACUUCAAGCAGGACACCUUCCUGCUGUACAUGAAGCUGAAGUGGCUGCUGAAGCACUGGCGGCAAGGCAAGCGGAUGGAGGAGGAAGGGGAGGACGUACUCGAGAUCGAGCCUCUUGAGGCCCUCCCUGAAUUUGGCCUUCCAUCUGAGCAAAAGGCGGAGGAUGCAGAGCGAGAGGAGGAGGAAGAGGAUGUUGUUUUUGCACUGGCAGAUUAUUCUCAGCGUCCCACUGUGGAGAGCACUGAUCACGGGCCACAGCUGCAGACUGCAGAGUUACUGCAGCAGCAGAAGCAGGCAAGCGAAAGCCGGAAGCUGCUGAGCGCCGUGAAGGGCCUCCUGGACGAGUUCCGUGCGGAGCUGCGGGACGACGAGCGCGAGCGCCACGGCCUCCAGCAGCAGUACGCGCGGGACAAGGCCGCCUGGGAGGUGGAAAUGACCGAGCUCAAGUGCCAGCUCGAGCAGCUGGAAGGGAAGAGCGAGAAUGCCUCGGGAGAGACAGGCCUCAGCGCCGACGCCAAGGGGGCUUUCAAAAGGGAGAGAGAGGAGCACAAAAAGCUUCUGGCCGAGAGUCACAGUGUGGUGAUGGAUCUCCGCUGGCAAAUCCAGCACAGCGAGAAGAACUGGAAUCGGGAGAAAGUGGAGCUCCUGGACAGGCUUGAUAGAGACCGUCGGGAGUGGGAGCGGCAGAAGAAGGAGCUGCUCCGCCGGGUGGAGCAGCUUCAGAAAGAAGUGAGCCCGCGAAGAGGGAGCGGUUUCCUUUGUGACCAGAAGGAGAGCAACCUGCGUCCGUUUGCAACCCAGGGGAACCUUCACCUACCGCGCGCCAUGGGGGCAAGAUCCUACUCUGACUCAGAUGCCAUCCAGUUUGACGAUCGGUCGCUGUCGAAGCUGAAGGAGAGCGAUAGGUGCACGGCCACGGAAAACCUCUUUCUGGAGUCGCUGUCCCUGGAUUCCCCUGAGGAGCCCGAGGAGCACCGGUCGCGGCAAGCGGAGCGGGAGAAGUUCUUGACGGGCUUGACGGAAGAAGAAGAAACGCACAAGGGAAAUCUUCAAAGGGCGAUGUCCGUUUCUUCCAUGUCAGAAUUCCAGCGCUUGAUGGAUAUUUCUCCAUUCCUCCCAGAAAAAACCUUGCCUUCAUCUAGCAGCAAAGAUGAUAUCACACCUCCCUUGUCUCCUGAUGACUUGAAAUACAUCGAGGAGUUCAAUAAAAACUGGGAUUACAGUAGCACUAGGAACCAUGGUGGGGCUGCCGAGAAGCCUCCGGAAGCCUGGGCAGAUAGGACAGAGAUGGGGAAAGCUGGGAAUGAACCUGCUUCAGAUCCUUUCCAGGCGUCAUCCUGGUACCUCACCACCAGUGUCACUAUGACAACUACCACCAUGACCAGUCCAGAGCACUGCCAGAAGCAGCCAACGAGGAGUCAUGGUGUUCCCGAAAAGAUGGGAGUUCGGGUCUUUCACAGCCCACCGGUUGUCCGUAGGUUUGAUAAUUCAGUGCUAGCUGGCAGCGAAGGGAAAAACCAGGUCGAGCCAGAUUUCCUGUUUUCUGUGACCAAAGCUAUGGGGAAUGUUGGUGAGACAAAAGGUGCUUCCUCAGAUAUGUUUGGAAGAUGGUCUUGUGACCUGGCCAAACAUCAUAAGGAUUUUCUGGAGAGUGGUCUCCAUCCCAUUGAGCGCCCUAUUUGCACUACUGUGGGCUUUGCCUCACCCUUGCACACCUUGGAGAUGUCCAAAAACAUGAGUGACGACAUGAAGGAGGUGGCUUUCUCUGUUCGGAACGCAAUACGCUCCAACUCCACUUCAGCAGAGCCUCAGUUCAAGGACACGGCUUGUCAGACCAACGGGAUGAGAACGACCGGGACACAGACCACGCAGACCAUCAGCGUGGGCUUGCAGACAGAAACCCUGCGCAGCAUCACCAGCAGCCCGCACAAGUGUCUCACCCCAAAGGGGGGAUCCACUCCUGUCUCUUCACCAUCCAGAAGCCUGAGAAGCAGGCAGGUGACCCCCGUCAUUGAGAAGGUCCAGGCUAAGUUUGAACGCACGUGCUGCUCCCCCAAAUACGGCUCUCCAAAGUUGCAAAGGAAAAUCCUUCCCAAAUCAGAGCAGCCAAGCGGCCGGCCUGUGCCUGGAACACCCCAGAAGGGCUUCAGCGAGUCCGCUUGGGCAAGAUCCACGACCACACGGGAGAGUCCGGUCCAUACCACCAUCAAUGAUGGCCUCUCCAGUUUGUUCAACAUCAUUGACCAUAGCCCCAUCUUUCAUGAGACCUUCCAAAAAUGCCCCAGGUCUAGCAGCCGAUCCAGGUCAGCAGAACCCAGAGCAGAGCUGGGUCCAGUGCAGGAACCAUGUACAAAUGCCCGUGGCAGAUCACCCAGUCCUCUCCGUUUGGGGACAGAGGCGCAAAAGGAAGAAGGGACUGAGGUGACAAGCAUCAGGCAGGACCUGUCUGCUCCUCCAGGGUAUACACUUGCAGAAAAUGCUGCCAGGAUCUUGAAUAAGAAACUUUUGGAGCAUGCCUUAAAGGAAGAGAGAAGGCUACCCUCACACAGCCCACCAAAUAUUAGCAAUGACAACAGCACAGCAGAUAUUGUCAAAGUAGAACCAGGGUCCAUAGAGGAACUACCUUGUUCUGCACUAGCUCCGUCCCUCGAACCCUGCUUCUCCCGGCCGGAGAGACCAGCAAACCGGCGCCCGCCGUCCCGAUGGGCCUCACAUUCCCCCACGGCCUCCCAGUCGCAGUCCAUGGAGGCAACAGCCUGCAAACGCCUCGCUCAUUCCCAAGGGAAGGAGCGCUCUGCUUCCCGGGAGGAACGUGCUGAUGGCCACGCUGCCGUGCGGGGCUCCGGUGGGCACUCGGUGAGGCCACGGGAAGAUUUCGAGGCCCUUUCUGACCUCUGCAAAGCCACUGCCCACUGCAUAGCCAAUCCCAGCUCCUCUGAGGUCACACGGCUUGCGGCUCCGUGUCCUUCAGAUACAACUGAAUAA